AUAGAAUGAGAAUUUCAUCCAUUCACUUUCCUAUUUUAAAAUACCUUUAAAAUAAAAAUAUUUAACUUAUAAUUUAUGAAAACAGUAAAAUUCGAGAUUUUUCCAUUCUAUCCUCUAGAGGGCUGCACCAAUUCGUAACCGUCCUCAAUAACUGUCAUGUCUGUCAAUUUUCAUUGUAUGGUGCCUACCAAGGAAACGUGAAAAUUGCUCAUUCAUUUUAUAACAUUCAAAUGAGUUAAAUCGUUUUUCUCCAUUCCAUCAGUGACGAUCCAGGAUACUUAUUCACUGUUAAAUUUGGCCCAAACGCAGAUGUCAAAGCUAGUGAAACUUCAGAUGUCUCCACCAAGAACAAACUCAAACUUUGUGGAAGUGAAAAGCAAAUUUGUGGCUGAAUUUAGAAGAUUCAGUCUAAACAAAAAAGUAUUACCAAAGUAUGAAGAUUUCAGAAAGUUGCUUGAACAACUACAUGGCUUACAAAUUGAACCAUUCUAUAUAAGUUAUACAGACCCCAAUGAUGGGGAUUUAUUGCCCAUCAACAAUGAUGACAACUUUGCUAGAGCUUUGCAGGCAGCACGUCCUUUGUUGAGAAUCCACAUACAGAGAAGAGGAGAAUCACAGGAUGAUGAAUUACAUCAACACUAUGCUUCUAAAAAGAAUUUAAUAUCAUCAAUAUUAGGAACACCCAAAACUAGGCCACACAUUAGCAUAUCGUAUCCAAAGGAAUUUCGACAAGUUUCAGCUAUUAUUGAUGUAGAUGUAGUGCCCGAUUCCUGCCGUCGAGUUAGGCUGCUCAAACAUGGAUCUGAAAGACCUCUUGGAUUUUAUAUUCGAGACGGUACCUCGGUACGUGUCACACCUAAUGGCCUAGAAAAAGUCCCCGGAAUUUUUAUAUCAAGAUUGGUUCCUGGCGGAUUGGCCGAAUCUACUGGUCUCUUGGCGGUCAAUGACGAAGUGCUGGAAGUGAACGGUAUUGAAGUCGCCGGAAAAUCACUAGAUCAAGUAACCGACAUGAUGGUGGCUAAUAGUGCAAACUUGAUCAUCACCGUCAAACCGGCCAAUCAACGAGGUGUUUUGACGCUGUCAAGAACCUCACACAAUGACACGAUGACGUCGUAUUCGACCAUCGCGUCAAUGGUUCACUCUCAUUCUGACGAGGACCAUGAAGAAGACGAAACCGACGACUUAGAUGAGAUAAAGGAUCUUACUAUGCAGACCAGUGCUAGCAGCGGCAGCGAUAGGACCAGCCACGCGAAAGAUGAUGGCAUCCUUCACUUAUAACAUUAUGAUUUAAGUUCACAAAUAUCCA